AUGACUCUACUCAACACCCCCAUCCUCGCCAUCUUGGCCACCUUCGCUCUCUUCGCUCUCCAAUCCACAACCCUCCGCCUCCUCUCCCUCGCUCCCCACCGCCGGCCCCCACCAACCCCUCGCAAACGCGGCACACCCGCCCACCUCCUCAUCGUCCUCGGCAGCGGCGGCCACACGGCAGAAAUGAUCUCCAUGCUCCGCCGCAGCACCACCUGCAACAAAUUCACCCACCGCACCUGGCUAGUCUCUUCCGGCGACAACUUUUCCGCCGCCUUUGCCAAAGAAUUCGAGCAAGAGAUUGGAGAAAAGAGUGGCACGUAUAGGAUUGUGCAAGUCAGAAGGGCAAGAAAGAUACACCAGAGUUUGAUCUCUGCGCCUUGGAGUUGUUUGUUGUGUUUGUGGGAUUGUUUGAGGCUUUUGAUGCCUUCGUCUGCUGCUGCAGAGUAUGCGUACCCUGACUUGAUACUUACCAAUGGUCCUGCCACUGCGACGAUCCUGGUCUUUGCGUCUGUCUUGUUGCGUUUCCUCGGCUUGCAAGGCAAAGAUGGCAAAGGAGAGAUGCGCACAAUCUACGUCGAGAGCUGGGCGAGAGUCAAGAAGCUGAGUCUGAGUGGAAGAUUGCUGUGCUGGGUCGUGGACCGUGUGCUGGUGCAAUGGGAGCAGCUGCGGGGUGCUGGAGUAGGAGGGCGAGCCGAAUUCAAAGGUGUUCUGGUUUGA